CAUCCCCGGCAGAGGCGUGGCCCUGAGACCCUGCGCGGUUUCUGGCGGGUUAAGACCCGCAGCGGCUGCGCUUGUCAGCCCUCGCCAACUCCAGCUUCUCCAGGCUCGAAUUCAGCGUCCAAGUUGCAGCCGCCCGAAAGCCCACACCCAGCAGAAGAACGUCUGCUCCUGGACAUAGUUCUCCUGAGGGUGGUGGGGUUGGCUCCGGGCCGCAAAGCCGUCGGGGGUUGAGCCAGCCUGCAGCGAGAGGGCUGAGAGGGCCAGAGAACCCCCCAGGGCGCGGACAGCCGUCGGGGCUUGCGAAUUGGACUCCUAGAUUGCGAGGCCCCUGAUAGGUGAUGACCUAAGCCUUAUCCCCAGCAUCCCUCGGGGCGAUUUCUUCCGUGCACACUUCUGAUUCUGUUUCUCAAGAUCACCCUCUUCCUCCCAGAAAGGCUGACUCAAGCUGCAGGUGCCAGCCCUCAGCUCUGAGUAGCCGUGGUCUCUGCGGAAAGCUGCAUUUGAAAAGAAGGGCUGGGAUCACAAGCUGCUCUCUGUUCCGGUUGCCCCCAUGCUCCUGCCAUGGUUAACAGGACUAGCGGCUGGAAUAGGCUUCCUGCAUUUCUUGCAGAAACUGGUGUUCCCUUAUUUCUGGGAUGACUUCUGGUACCUGCUGAAGGUGGUACGCUAUGGAAUUCGGCUGGAGAUGUACGUACUGAAAGGGGAGCUGUUCACUGUCCUGGAUAAAUUCCUGACUCUUGCCAAGAAGCAGCCCCAGAAACCUUUCAUCAUCUAUGAGGGAGACAUCUACACUUAUCAGGAUGUGGACAAAAGGAGUAGCAGAGUGGCUCACGUGUUCCUGAACCAUUCCACGCUGAAAAGGGGGGACACCGUGGCUCUGCUGAUGAGCAACGAGCCUGACUUUGUCCAUGUGUGGUUCGGCCUGGCCAAGCUGGGCUGCGUGGUGGCCUUCCUCAAUUCCAACAUUGUCUCCAACUCCCUUCUGCAUUGCAUCCGCAGCUGUGAGCCCAGGGCCCUCGUGGUGGGUGCAGAUUUGCUUGGAACUAUAGAAGAAAUCCUGCUGAGAAUCCCAGAAGGUAUCAGUGUUUGGGCAAUGAGUGAUUCUGUUCCACGAGGUGUGAUUUCACUCAAAGAAAAACUGAGGACGGCAUCUGACAAGCCUGUGGCACGCAGCCACCAUGUUGCCUCAAGCCUUAGGUCUACUCACGUUUAUAUCUUUACCUCUGGAACAACAGGGCUACCAAAAGCAGCUGUGAUCACUCAGAUGCAGACUUUAAAGGGCUCUGCUGGCUUGUGGGCUUUUGGUUGUACUGCUAAUGACAUCAUUUAUAUAACCCUUCCCCUGUAUCAUAGUUCAGGAGCUCUUCUGGGAAUUGGUGGAUGUAUUGAGUUAGGAGCUACUUGUGUAUUAAAGAAGAAAUUCUCAGCAAGUCAGUUUUGGAAUGACUGUAGAAAGUACAAUGUGACUGUGUUUCAGUAUAUUGGAGAACUCUGUCACUAUCUUUGCAAACAACCUAAGAGAGAAGGAGAAAAGGAUCAUCAAGUGCGUUUGGCAGUUGGAAACGGCCUACGGAGUGAUGUGUGGAGGGAAUUUUUAGACAGAUUUGGAAAUAUUAAGAUUUGUGAGUUUUAUGGAGCUACUGAAGGAAACAUUUGUUUAAUUAAUCAUAAUGGGAAAAUUGGAUCCGUUGGGAGAACAAAUUUCCUUCACAAACUUUUAUUCACUUUUGACUUGAUAAAGUAUGAUCUUCAGAAAGAUGAACCCAUUAGAAAUGAACAGGGCUGGUGUACUCCUGUGAAAAAAGGAGAACCUGGACUUCUCAUUUCUCGAGUGACUGAGAAUAAUCCCUUUUUUGGUUAUGCUGGGAAUAAGAAGCACACAGAAAAGAAACUGCUUUGUGAUGUUUUUAAGAAGGGAGAUGUUUACUUUAACACAGGAGAUUUAAUGGUCCAAGAUCAGGAGAAUUUCCUUUAUUUUUGGGACCGUAUUGGAGACACUUUCAGGUGGAAAGGAGAAAAUGUUGCAACCACAGAGGUUGCUGAUGUUAUUGGAAUGUUGGAUUUCAUACAGGAAACAAACGUGUAUGGGGUGGUGGUGCCAGAUUAUGAAGGAAAAGCAGGAAUGGCUUCUAUUACUUUAAAACCAAAUAAGUCGUUAGACUUGGAGAAAGUUUAUGAACAAGUUGUAUCUUUUCUACCAGCUUAUGCCUGCCCAAGAUUUUUGAGAAUUCAGGAGAAGAUGGAAACAACAGGGACAUUCAAACUACAGAAGUUUCACUUGGUGGAAGAAGGGUUUAGUCCACUGAAAAUUUCUGACCCACUUUAUUUCAUGGAUAACUUGAAAAAGUCUUAUGUUCCCUUGACCAAAGAACUUUAUGAUCAGAUCAUGUUAGGGGAGGUCAAACUUUAAGAUUUUUUACGUAUUGGAUUUUCAUGUUUUCUUAGGACAGGUGAGAGGAGAGGAGAGUGUGAUUCUUUAACAUUAAAGGAGGAAGGGAAUGGACAUUAAUCAACAUAUGCUGUAUUUUCUUUAAUACGCAACAGCUUUUCUUUUAGUAGGAACUCUAAUUUAUUUUAAUUCAAAACAAACUCUAGUUGAUUAUUUGUUUUACCUAUUUUGGGGUUUAGUGCAUAACUAAUAUUUGCUUUAGUUGUGAAGAUUCUAAAUGAUACAUAAGUGGGUAACAAUUUAGACACUUAGUAAAAUGUACUUUUAAAUAUUUAGUUUCUAGUUUUGAAAAAUGGGUUUAUUUUUACUCCAAUAUUUGAUUUUUAUCUGCCCUGUCCUAAAACUCAAUAAAAUCAUCUUCAUUAAUAUGUGUUUUGAGGUGUUUUUUUUUUUCUGAUGUUUUUAAUUAUAAACUUCCAGUAGAGGAAGCUGACUGGCCAAAAUAUAUGCACUUCUGUCUAUCGCCCUUAUCUUGAAUUCACAUUCAGAUGAUAGGAGAAACAUAGAAGUGUGAGAUAGCAAAACAAGAAAACUGGUAAGCUCGAAACAUUUAGGAACUUUUGAAAGAUACAUAAAUGGGAUCAAAUUCAUUAUAAAAUCCAACAGAGCUCUAGAAACCACUAAUGAUACAGAGAAAGAAUGGACUAGAACAAGAAUGCAGGUAUGAACCCCAAGAUCGGAGGCAGGAAAAGGCUUUGCGUGUGAGCAGACUUGUGAGUUGUUAAGUGAGAACACUAUUGCAAGGACAGGGUAAUAAGCACCCUUGCACUUCUUUCAGUCUGGAAGUGCCAAGCUCCAAGGUUUGCUUCAAGCUAGAACCACAUGAACAGCUCUCAGCAAAGUGAGCUUUCUCCCACAGGGGGGAGUGUGGAGCUGGACUGAGAAGUGGAGCGGAGCUCGGCAGGAAGCUCCUUUGCCCAUAAACCCGGCUCCCUGUGCAACCAGAAGGAAAGUUGGCUUUGCCUCAGGUUGCCUCCCAUGCUAAAACGCUUAUUUUGGUUGGAAAAGAAUUUGCAGAUCUUGUAGUUCCUUUUUGUCAUUGUUGGGAAAACAAAGGUUGUAAGGUUGAAAUAUGUUUUAAAUGUAAAGGUUAACCAUAAGUAACAUAGAAAUAAGAGGCCGAACUUUAGGAUAAGGAAAAAAAAAAAAAGAAAAUAUAAUCAAUUUGGCAAAAAAAAAAAAAUUUUAAAGAGAAAAAAAGUUUUUAAAUGAUAAGUAGAAUGAAUUAAAUAAGUGUAUUCUCCCACUAUCUGAGAAUGGAUAAAUGUUGUUUGUUAAAAAAGUAUUAAGUGAAUGAAUAAAUUAGCAUUUAAUUUU